AAUCCGCUUCCCGGCACUAAACACUUGAGCGCCGUUGCGCACGGCAGAAGCUUCGCUCCGUCACUCAUAUCCAGGCGCAACUCUUUGUUUCUAACCUCUUUCUGUGGAAAAUACACAGUCUGUUGAUGCGAUUUAGAGAUCACUUCAAGUUAAGGCGGCCGCGUCAAGUUAAUUUGAAUCCAAGCUUUGUUUGGCUCUGGGAUAAUCGUGCAGGAUCUGCGGCGGAUACACUGAUACUCCUGCGUGCGGACAGAGGAGCUCAAAGGAUCUGGGUGGAUGGUUUUUAAAUGUUGACCAGCUAUAUCACAAUAUUCACUGGGCGCAACUAGAAGCUCCUGGACUCUCCUUCGCCUCUGUUAACAAACACAGGGAAAAUGUUGUGGGACAAACUGUGCUGGCUAUUGGCCCUGUUGGCCCUAACGUCCGGGCUGCCCGUCUCCAACGAGCCCCUCUCUGCACCCAGGAUCUUCCUGUCCUUCAAAGAGUUAAAGUCUACCGGCACCGCUCACCACUUCUCCUUUUUGCUGAACUCGACCGACUAUCGGAUCCUUCGCAUGGAUGAGGACCAUGACCGCAUGUAUGUGGGCAGCAAAGAUUACAUCCUCUCUCUGGAUCUGCACGACAUCAACAAGGAGCCGCUCAUAAUCCACUGGCCUGUUGCCCCCCAGAGGAAGACUGAAUGUGUCCUGUCAGGGAAAGACACCAAUGGGGAAUGUGGAAACUUCAUCCGUCUGAUUGAGCCGUGGAACCGGACCCACCUGUAUGUCUGUGGAACAGGCGCGUACAACCCCAUCUGCACCUACGUGGACCGAGGACGCAGGUCACAGGGCUCCCACUACCUACAGGCACCCCAGUCUGGAGGACGAACAAAUCGGGCAGCAGACUACAGCACUACAUCAGAGCCUUUGGAGGCGAAGGAGUACAUUUUCCGGCUUGAACCUGGUAAAGUGGAUUCUGGGAAAGGAAAAUGUCCUUAUGACCCCAAACUUAACAGCGUCUCUGCUUUGAUCAAUGGAGAGCUGUAUGCAGGAGUCUACAUCGAUUUCAUGGGAACAGACUCUGCUAUCUUCCGUACACUGGGGAAGCAGACAGCCAUGAGGACUGAUCAGUACAACUCCAGAUGGUUAAACGAUCCCACAUUCGUCCAUGCGCACCUCAUCCCAGACAGUGCUGAGAAAAAUGAUGACAAGCUUUACUUCUUCUUCCGUGAAAAAGCCUCUGAGAUGGGCCAGAGUCCCAUGACCCAGUCUAGGAUAGGCCGGAUCUGCCUGAAUGAUGACGGCGGACACUGCUGUCUCGUCAACAAGUGGAGCACGUUUCUGAAAGCUCGACUCAUCUGCUCAGUUCCUGGAGCUGACGGCAUUGAGACACACUUUGAUGAACUGAGGGAUGUGUAUAUCCAGCCAACUCAAGACACCAAGAAUCCUGUCAUCUACGGAGUCUUCUCAGUUUCAGGAUCUGUGUUUAAAGGCUCGGCAGUAUGCGUCUACUCCAUGGCCGACAUCCGCAUGGUCUUCAAUGGUCCUUUUGCCCACAAGGAGGGGCCCAACUACCAGUGGGUGGCGUACACUGGGAAGAUCCCCUACCCACGACCUGGCACUUGUCCUGGAGGCACUUUCACCCCCAACAUGAAAUCCACAAAGGAUUACCCAGAUGAGGUUAUCAACUUCAUGAGAAACCACCCUACCAUGUACAAUGCCGUAUACCCAGUGCACAAGCGCCCCCUGGUGGUUAGAACCAACGUGGACUAUGAGUUCACCACAAUUGCAGUGGACCAAGUGGCAGCUGCUGACGGGAGCUAUGAGGUGCUCUUCCUGGGCACAGAUCGGGGAUCAGUCCAGAAAGUGAUCGUCCUGCCCAGAGAUGACUUACAGACAGAGGAGCUGGUCUUGGAGGAAGUGGAAGUCUUCAAGGUUCCCACGGCAAUUACCACCAUGAAGAUUUCAUCAAAGCGGCAACAACUGUACGUAGGAUCAGUCUUGGGGGUGACACACCUGGCUCUCCAUCGCUGUGAUGUGUAUGGGGAGGCCUGCGCUGACUGCUGUCUGGCCAGAGAUCCAUACUGUGCCUGGGACGGCAAAUCCUGCUCCAGAUACUCAUCCUCACAGAAAAGAUCUGAAACCUCUAGACGGAGCCGUCGGCAGGAUGUGAAAUAUGGCAACCCAAUUCGGCAGUGCAGAGGUUAUAACUCUAACACCAAUAAGAAUACUCUGGAGACAGUUCAGUAUGGUGUAGAGGGCAGCACUACGUUCCUGGAGUGCCAGGCCAGGUCUCCUCAUGUGUCUCUCAAGUGGCACCUGCAGAAGGAAAACAGCGACAGGAGAAAAGAGAUUCGCUCAGAGGGUCGCAUCCUAAAAACAGAACAAGGUCUUCUGAUCCGCUCACUGCAGUCGUCUGACAGCGGUAUCUACCAGUGCACAUCCACAGAGAAAAACUUCAAACACACACUUGUCAAGCUGCAGCUCGUAGUCCUUUCCAGCCGCACAGUGAAUAACGUGCUGGUGGAAACAGGCAGCCCGGCUCUCCCUCCGCUGCAGUCCAGCGCCUGGACUCCAAACGCCGGUCAGUAUAAGGACCUGCUGACCAUCCUAAGCCAGCCAGAGAUGGGCCUGAUCAACCAGUAUUGCCAGGAUUACUGGCAGCUCGGAGAGGGCGGCCUCGCAGACAGCAAAGCCAAAAGCCUGAAGGAGCUAAAAGAACAGAAGAAGCCUCGCAACCGCCGACAUCAUGAUGAGCCGACAACUCCAGCUGAGACAUGAGGAGCUGGAUAUGCACCUUCUCCUAAUCCCCCCAGUCUACCUUUUCACACCAUCUCUUAAACACUGCAACCCUCCAUUUAGGGGAAUGACUCCAGUUAGAAAAGUUUAAUGAUCAUAACGGACAAGACAGAUACUGCAACCAAAAGCAACAGCAUCAGACAGUUUCUAUGUAACUGUUGGAAAAAAAUACACAAUAUUUAUUGUAGGUUGUAAAAAGUAAUUCUUUGUACCUAUCUAGAAAACAUGUUUUUGUUUUUUUGUUUUGUUUUUUGUGAAUAGGUAAAUCUGUGCAAAUAUUGUUGUUAUUAUAAUAUUAUUGUUAGUGUUAUUGUUUAUUACAAUGUGUUAUUAUGUUGAGAAUAUCUUUAUGUUUGGUGUUUUUGAGAAACAGCAACAAUAACCCAGGACAUUGGGUGUUAUCCACACAUGGACGAGGACCGAUGAACAUGUAUUCAGAAACUGUUAAAGGCGACCAUGUUGGAUCACUUGACUGCAGGCAGUAUUCAGUGUCUAAGCUGGAAGUGGAGUCACUGUUUCAGUGAAACUCUCGAACUUCCCUAAACUUCUUCACCAGAACUCCAUAAAGCAGACUUUUGUGUUUUUUUUACAAGCUGUUGACAGAAUGAUGACGGCAUUUCUUUGGACAUGCGUGGAUGAAAAGAAAUGCCCACAGACUGCAGCUCUGUGACAACAUGUCACACUCAUACAGUCACAUGAUAAUGAAAGGCCCGUUGUGGCAGGUAAGACAUCUCUCUUCCCAUACUGUGGUCCAGCCUGGCCUCAAGUUAUGUUACCCACCCAAAUUCUUCCAAAAUCAGUUGCUGCCAAGUGUUUGUUCUGUUUAUAUGUGAAUAUCACAUUUCAAUGUUGUAUAAUUAACAAACGUGAUCUUUGUGAUAAGCUUUUUUUGUUUGUUUGUUUGUUUGUUUGUUUGUUUGUUUGGGCGGGGUGGGGGUUGGGGGCAUUUAACAACAGAAAAGCUGAAAAUAUGACAUCGCCUUCUCUUUUCUCUUUCGAGAUAAGAAAUUCCAGCAGGCAGCUAUAUGUGAAUUUGUGACAGUUUGUGAUAAAUAAAUAAAAAAAAUAUUAGAGACAAAGCACCUUCUGUUGCCAAAUUGGUAAUCUUGAUAAACACUUCACAUGUAUCUGUGGCAUUUGCAGUAUAUUCAUAUAAGACAGAGUGUGCAGCUUGUAUCCUCAAAGCUUUUUUUUUUUUUCUUAAGCUCUCCAACAUUUGCAUUCCUGCCAGUUUCAUGCUAAACAUUGAUUUCACUCAUCAUGUGAUAGAUUACAGUGACAAAUGUGCUUAUUUGCAGUGAUUGGGAAUUGACUACUUUUGAUUUGGUGCUUAGACUUACGCAGCUACUUCUCAGUUGUCAGUCCGAUGCUGUGCCAUCCUGCUAUCAUACGUGCCACAGACUGUUUGUACUGAGCAAAUUCCAUACAGUUAAAAAAAACAAAAAAACUAUGUCACAAGUAUAACCACUAACAAACUGAUCACCACCAAACCUGAAGAGAAACAUGUACCAAAAUCUUCAGAAGGUGGCUUUUCAUUGUGCAUGGCAUGUACAGUGUAUGUAUAUGGUAUUUGUCUAAAAUGCUAUGUUGCUGUGAAUGUCAGUGAAUGUCUUUCUUGUUGUGGGAAUAUGGAAAUACUAUCAGUGCAAGAAAGAUGUGCUCGAACCUUUUUAUGGUGGGAAAUGCUGAAAGUACAGAAAGAUCAGAUUGUGAUUUAAAUCUCUCUCUCUCUCUCUCUCUCUCUCUCUCUCUCUCUCUCUCUCUCUCUGUAUGUCUCUUAGUCUCUAUCCUUUCGCUCUCUUGUUCUCAGAACUUUGCGAAACAGAUUUGCGUAUAUUUCAGACACGUUGCAUCAAUUUUAUUUUCUCUGUUUGGCAGACUUUGCUCUGGGUCACUGAGGUGAAGUUAAUGUAUGAUAUAAAGCACAGUUGAUGUUAUUGUAAUGACUUGUAAAAAAAUUACUAUCUUUUUCUUCCUCAUCAAUGUUGCUGACUAAUAAAUUAAAGCUCUA